AUGAGGAAUACCUCAAAAAUUGGAUUCGCGAUCACCACGUUAAGCAAACGGAUCCGCGACUUUGGGCUAGCGCCAGCCAUGACGAUCACCUGUGUCCUCUACGCACUCAUCGUUGUGCUGAUCGUCCUAUUCACCCCAGCCGAAGCGUCUCUUUAUCCGACAAAGAACUUCUCUAUAUUUCGGCCAAGCCAACUCAUUUGCGUGUUGUUGGGUGUGCUGAACGGGGCACUAGAUGGAGCGGCGUGCAACGCGAGAAUGGUGGCAGCAGCCAAGGCUUUGCCUGGGGAGCCGGCUAUUGCAUUCAGUGUCGCCAAAUUCUAUCAGGCAGCUGCCGGUGUUGUCCUCAUGUACAUUGCAGCGCAUUUCAAUCUUCAUCACAUCCUCUAUAUUGUCGGUGGCAUGCUCAUGAUCAGCGUCUUCUGCUAUAUUUCUUUUCUUCGCCAGAUGAAAACGCCUCCGAAACUUGAAGAGAAGCGAAAGAAAAUCGGCGACUCCAAUCAAAAA